AUGCGUUACUCUCUCGCUGCCAUUGCUGCUAUUGCUGCCUCCGUCCAGGCCCACGGUGUCGUUUCUGAGAUCCAGGGUGCCAAUGGUGUAACCAUGCCUGGUCUUUCCGUCCAGGACGGUACUCCUCGCAACUGCGCCUCUCCUCUCUGCGGUUCCGAGGCCGAUACUUCCAUCAUCCGCACCCGCGAGAUGGGUGGCAAGGCCUCUGCUCUUGGACGCACCCAGGGCGGCGGUGCCGUUGACGCUGGUGCCGCUAUCUCCAUGUUCAUGGGAGGUGCUGCUGGAGGUGCUGGUGCCGGUGCCGCAGCUGGUGCCAAGCGUGGCUUCCUCGAUGCUCUUACCGGUGGUGGCGCUGGCGGCGCUGGUGCUGCCUCUGCCGGCACCAAGUCCACAGGAACUGAGGGUGGUGUCGCCAAAGCCGCAGGUACCGGAGCCACAUCUGGUCUGCCCACCACUGCCGACGACGGCACCAUCACCAUGACCUUCCACCAAGUCAACCAGGACGGUGCCGGUCCCCUGACCGCCCAGAUCGACGCCACCUCCGCCGGCACCGACCCCGCCGCCUUCCAGGACGCAACCGUCAUGCAGAACGUCCCCGGUAUCGGUAUUGGAGGUCUCUCGGCCGCCGCCGUCAAGGACUUCCCCGUCAAGGUCCAGAUGCCCGCUGGCAUGACCUGCUCCGGUACCGCCGGUGGCGCCACCAACGUCUGCAUCGUCCGCAUGCAGAACGCUGCCCUCGCUGGUCCCUUCGGUGGCUCCGCUGCCUUCACCCAGAGCACUGCCGCUAAGAAGCGCGCGGUCGAGUACAACCUCCGCAAGCGCCACAUGGCCCGCGGUAUCCUCGGAAAGCCCGAGUAA